GUGUAGUGGAAGUUUCCGCGCAGACACUGAACGCAGCAGCAUUAUCCACCGGCAAGCAGAUUCAUCAGAAAGCCGUCCGUCAUCUUAUUAGAUUCAAGACGAAUUUAAAGCAACAAUGGAUGUCGCUCAUGAAGUGAAACUGCUGGUGCAGGAGAUCCAGCGACUCGGCAGUAAAGAUGCUGAUGGUCAAACCAGAGUGAAGUUCGGGGUCUUGUUCAAUGACGACCGGUGUGCCAACAUCUUCGAGGCGUUGGUGGGCACCCUGCGGGCAGCCAAGAGGAAAAAGGUGGUCAGUUUCGAGGGCGAGUUGCUCCUGCAGGGCGUCCAUGAUAACGUCGAUAUCGUCCUGCUCGAGGAAUGAGGCCAAAGUUGGUAUCGGAGGGUCUUCUAGCAACUUACCGAAUCCUCUCAAAUGCCGAGCUUCUGCCGUCUCUCGGCUUGUCACUGAGCUUCUGUUUUCAGUUUUCUUGCUUCAUGUGCAGGGCUCAGUAUUUUGAAUUUAAACAUAUUGGAUCAAACGGUACGGACCCAGCUGGCAUGUCUGCAUUUGAUUUUACUUUGCCAAACUAUCACAAAAAAUAAUUUGAGAAUAUUUUCGGUUUUCGGGGACUGAAAAACAGCCACAUUCAUGGUUUCAGAUGACAAGGAAAAUACGCGUUUCUCUCCUCAGGCGCUGCUGUUAUCAACCACGGGUCUGACAUGUGAUUUUGGUACACUUUUAAGACUAUAAACGCACAAAUCAGGAAUGUAAUAAUCCGCGUAACACAUUCAUUUUAGUAAUUUUUUUGGAGAAUUUACAGUUUAAGGUGGCUUUCACAACCAAAUGCCUCUCUUGAUGGUGUCAGGGUGAAGGACACACAGAGCAAGAUACUUUGACAGACUUCUUCACUUUUUUUAAUUAGAGCACUCUGAUCUUCACAUAUUGUUUGUACAAAUACUUUUUUUUUUUUUUUUUUUUUUUUAAAGCUGCACUUUAAUUGUUCCCUUUAAUUAACAGCCUCAAGUGGCAACGGGAGUUAAGACAUCAUUACCUGCAAAUCAUAGAAUGUGUUUUUUCACAUUUAGUUCAGUGUGUUAUGUCUGUCAGCUUUAAGACAACGAGAUGUAUGUUUCCACCAACAGUGUCACCAAAACAUUUAUUGUUUACAUGAGCCAUCUCUACUACCUCUUGUGGACUUUGUAAAAAGACCUUAUGAGACCAGUGCUUUUGGAAAUACACGAACAAUUCCUUCAUAGAAGCUACAAAGACAAGUGCAUUUCAAGAGAAAACUUUUCCACCUUUUUGUACUCGAUGCGAUCUACUAGAGUCGUUUUUAUUCCAUCUUUUUACAUGUGGUCAAAGGUGAAUUUUCUCUGCUAAAAAAAACUCUAAAACUUGCCUUUUGUGAGAAACAGUUGAUGAGCAAAUGGCGAAUGUAUUUCUUGUGUAAUUUUUAUUAGUGUAUAAUAAUUACAGGGUGAUUGGUGCCGGAUGCAAAAGAUGCAUUUGUGAUGUUUCUCAGGACUGAAUUGAAAGAACCAAAAUAUGUUUAGUAAAUGUCCUGUAGCUGAAAUUAGGUGUCUUACUUGUGACACAAGAUGUGCAUUUAUAGUUUUAUUAGUUUUUUUUAAAUUUAAUUUUACCAUUCUCUGUUCUGUACUGUAGGUCAAAUGAUACUUGCAGAUCAGGCGUGAUCACUUUGCUUCGUUUCGACAAGCUUUCCAAGCUUUGUAUGGAGGCCUAAAGUGAUCAAAUUUAAAUAAAUAUACCAUAUGAAUAGAUACAGACCAAAUGUUAUAAAACAUGAAUUUGUGAAAUAAUCCAAUAGAUAUAUAUUUUUUUUAACUCAGAUCGUUAUAAUGAAAUUCUGGCAAUUGUAAUUUAUAUAUUUUUUUAACUUCAAAAUUAAAUUGUUUCCAAGUAACCCUUGUAUUUCACCAUGCCACUGUUAAUCAGUGAGGAUUAUGCAGCUACGUGAUUGGCUGUUUCUGUGGUCUGAAUGAGUGAACAGCCAAUCACAUACCUGGCUCUGCCCCAUCGUCUUGGAUAACCACCUGAAGGACCAACAAUCUCCAAAUAUUUUUGCCUGAAUGUAACAUGUCAUACAUAUCACAACAACUCUGCCCUGUGAGACCAACGCCUCAUCUGCAAGUUUUAUGAGAACCAAUUCACACUCACUGCUGUUGUGUCAACCUAGCACAUUAUUUUAUGCUCAGGUGUUUGCUGUUUUGUUUCAGCUUGACUUGAAUUAUGUCUCUUUUUUUUUUCUUCCUGAACCCAAUGGGAGAUUGUGCUCUAAACAGCGCUGGUGGAUCAAAAAUGUGUUUAAAUCAUGAAAACUGAAUGAGCUUAAUCUUAAAAUGAUUAUGAAUGAAGCUGAAUAUAGCCUUAAAUACAAAAUGUAAUCAUCAGAAUACAAAACGAUAUAUAUAGGCUAAGUAGAAGUCUGAAAAGUUAUGGAAAUAUUGGAGAAAAAGCAAGAGUUGGGAAGAAACAAGCUGCUUGCAUCACUGUCAUUUUUAAUUAUCCUGCUGUGUGUUGCUCUGGAUCGUAAAUGCAGAUUACAGCACAAGUUAGCACUUACCAAGUGGAGAAAGUUAUGAUCAGAGCAGGGCCAAUACCUCAAGCCAUUUCUGUGAACUUGUGGGCUGCAUGCAUGAUGUGUUCACGUGCGUCAUUACUGUCUUUUUGUAUCGGCAAUAACGCAUUCCUGAAUGAAUAAAGGUUUCUGUUACUGCAGAAUAAACGCAGAGGAAUAAAAUCUUUACAUUUGAAGCCUUGAA